AUGGGGGCCCGCGCCGUGUCGCCCGGGGCGGCUCUACUGAGGUCGUCGCGCAUGUUCUCUGUCCCCAAGCCCCUCCCCGAACCGCAGUCAACGACCAUCUACAGCGGCGGCAACAAGUCGGCGACAAUGACGAGACCGUACCCCCAGAGCCAGUCAAUCACCUCACCUCUUUCGUCGCGCGAGAAGGGCGACUGGGGAUUCAAGCGCCCCUUCCCGCUCAAGUCUACCUUGACCACGUCCACGCCCUUGAUCCGUGUCAAGCAGGUCGAUUCCGUCGAGAACGUGACCGACUUCAUGUCUGCUGCCGACUAUACCAUCUCCCUCGAGAAGUUCCAAGAGCUGCGCGUGGCUCUCUCCGUGCCCCGGUACAUGGACCCCAAGGACUUCUCCCAGAAGCCCGCGCUUUGGUUCAAGUCGGUUUUCGAGAAGCACCAGGACUUUACAUACUUGAAGCACGCCAAAAACGAAGAUAGAGAAGUCAAGCAAGGCAAAGGCUCGCCCAAAGAUCCGCCUCAAGAGCCAGACCUAUGGUUCAAGUCGAUAUUCGAAGAAUGCACGGGCUUGGCGUACCCGAAACCUGGCGACCAACAGGAGCAAGGCACAACCUCUGCGUACCUUAAGCCCGCCGAUCAGCAAGAUGGAUUGCUCCAAGAGGGAACAGAUUCUGCGGGCCUAAAGAACGCUGGUCAGGAUGAGGGAGUGCUCAAACAAGAGACGGAGAGCAUCACCUCUGCAGACCUAGGGCCCGCGCCCGACCAAGCCGAGGAAGACACAAAGGCUGUGGUCAUGGAGCCCGCGGACCAGCAACAGGGAUUGCUCGAGGAGGGAAUGGACUCUGCUGUCCUUGGGGGUGCCGGCCAGCAGGAGAGAGUCCUCAAGGAAGGCAUGGAGUCUACAGACCUUGGUCACGCCGACCAACCAGAAGCAGUGCUUGAGCAAGGCACAAACCCGGCGGCCAUGGAACCCGCUGACCAGCAAGAGGGAAUGCUCGAGAAGAGCACUGAUGCCAUUAACCAAAAGCCCAAUCAGCAAGACGCGGCGACCAAGAAAGACCCCCACAGCGCUGACGAGCAAGAGGGCCUGUUCAAGCGGCGCUGGAAGUUCCAGGGUCCGUGGCUGGCCCGCAUGACCCAGGGGGAGUUCAACAAAUACCUUGAAAAGCAAGUGCGGCCUAGGCGCGCCGAAUUCCGAGUGUUACUUAUGGACAAGCUGGCAAAGGAGCUCACGGCAAACCAGAACAACGACGCGUUUGAGCGGGGCUUGCCGGCGCCGGCGCCGGUAGAUCCCAAAGACAUCACCAAGGAGCAGUUUACCGAGUUUCUGCGAACGAUGCGCUACGAUCGCAUCCUCUUGUACGACAUGAUAUCCAGGUUCCUCGACAUGGCGCCACUGGGGCAUCCGCUUUCCGGAGUAAUGCAGUCGGUGCGAUCGAAGUCUGGACAAUCCGUCAAAGAUGAAAGCCCAUACGAGAGGACCGGUCCGCCGCCGAGCCACCCUUCUGCAGGCAUCAGCUACCUGCGGACUAAUGCCUUCAUGGAGAACCAUCCCAUCUACGGUCCUCAGAGUCACCGAACGCCCGCCUUGGCCCGAGUCGUAUCCCCCCGAAUGGGUGCCGCACCGGCCAAGCUCGGCGUGGGCGGGUUCGUGGCGGUUACGCCGGUCGGUGACAAUGAAUUCAACGUCAGGUACGGCCGACAGCGCAGCACUACCAAAGCCCUGCUCGCCGGUAUCACAUACCUAGACACGACGACCUACGGCGGCGCGAAGGCGUACGUCGAGCCACACACGGCCAGCGUCGACCCCAGCGGGAGGGUCGUGCUGCGGCUCCGGGAAACUGGUAGGGAGGCCCCUUUGAUUUUGAAGGAGAGCAAUGGGUCCUGCUCCAUAUACGACGACAAACUCUUGGACAGAUACGUGCCCGGGGAGACACCGAGGCAGCCAGUGAUUGCCAAGGUCAGCAGUAGGUUUCAGGCCGACAGAGUGGCGGACGGGAUCAUGGACCAAGUCCUCCCGCCAGACGCACAGGAUCAGGGUGAGGUGGAUGAUUCGCAAACGGUUCGGGUUUAA